UGCCCGCCCCGUGCCGUUGGCGCCUGCGCAGUGGCGCCGCUGCCCUGAGGGGGGCUGUUUCUCCAGCUGGGCGACUGUUUACAGCUGCGGGGGGGCGAGAAACUCGGCGUGCGGAGGAAGCGAGCGGAGGCCUGAGGGGCGGCGGCGGCAGUUGGCGCUGGAGGAGCAGAAUUGGUUUUUGAAUUUGUUAGCGUGGACAAUGGGAGGUGCUGUGAGCGCAGGAGAGGACAAUGACGAGCUAAUUGAUAACCUGAAAGAGGCUCAGUACAUCCGGACAGAGCUCGUGGAGCAGGCCUUCAGGGCUGUCGACCGGGCAGACUACUACCUGGAGGAGUUUAAGGACAAUGCGUACAAAGACUUGGCAUGGAAGCAUGGGAACAUCCACCUUUCUGCUCCCUGCAUUUAUUCGGAGGUCAUGGAAGCCCUGGAUCUGCAGCCUGGGCUUUCCUUCUUGAACCUGGGAAGCGGCACUGGCUAUCUGAGCUCCAUGGUUGGGCUCAUCUUGGGCCCUUUCGGCGUUAACCAUGGCGUAGAGCUUCACUCUGACGUUAUAGAAUAUGCAAAGCAGAAGCUGGACUUCUUCAUCAGAACCAGUGACAGCUUUGACAAGUUUGAAUUCUGCGAGCCUUCCUUUGUCACCGGCAACUGCUUGGAGAUCUCUCCAGACUGCUCUCAAUAUGACCGUGUCUACUGUGGUGCGGGAGUCCAGAAGGAGCAUGAAGAUUACAUGAAGAACUUACUGAAAGUUGGUGGGAUCCUCGUGAUGCCAUUGGAAGAAAAGCUGACAAAGAUAACACGAACUGGCCCUUUGGCCUGGGAGACGAAGAAGAUCUUAGCUGUUUCCUUUGCUCCUCUGAUCCAGCCCAACCACGCAGAUUCAGGGAAGUCAAAACUUGUUCACUUGCCACCAGUGAUGGUCCGCACGCUUCAGGACCUUGCACGCAUUGCUAUCCGCAGCACCAUUAAGAAGCUGAUUCACCAGGAAACGGCGGGCAGAAACGGCAACGGCCUCAGGAACCCGCCGAGGUUUAAGCGAAGGCGCAUCCGCCGCCGCCGCAUGGAGACCAUCGUCUUCUUGGACAAAGAGGUCUUUGCCAGCCGGAUCUCCAACCCCUCCGACGAUAACAAUUGCGAGGAGUUGGAGGAGGAGGAGAGCAAGUUGGAAGAGGUGGAAAAAGCUGUCCCUGAACUGAAGCCCGAGCCUCCUAUAAAUGUCCUGAGAGAGAAGGUCUUGAGCCUGCCUCUGCCUGACCCUUUGAAAUAUUACCUGCUUUAUUACAGAGAGAAAUAAAGGUCACUGUCAGCAUCAAGCAGAGAGGUAGGCAGGACAAUAAAACAACUCAGUAGGGCUUGACAGAUGUAUGCCACUUGCUUGCCUGUUAAUGUGACCACGCAUGGUGGUAAGCUGGCCGGGGGAACAUGGCUGCCGUGUACUUAAAAUGUGAUAGCAUUUUUCAGAUUCCUUCCCUUGGUUAGUGUGCUCCAGUUUUGUCCUACAGCAGAGCUUCCUCGGUUGGGGGUGGGGGGUGGGGGCAGGCUGGCAGCAAAGCGUUCAGCUGCUUACUGAAAUGAGGGUCUCAUUCAGUAGCGGAGGGAAACCAACUUUGCCGAGACAUCUCUGGAUUUCUCAACUAUUGUUUUUUGCCAGGUGGCGGAUUCAGAAUCAUUUUGGGCAGCACCCUAAAAGUGGAAAUCGGGAAGAUGACAGACUCUCACCCACAAAGUCUAGUCUCCUCCAAAAGCCCACAAAAAAGCACAAUUUUACAAAAAAAAGUACAAAAUUGUGGGUUUGGUGUAUGUGCGAUGCCCAGGUAAAGCUGUUGUUUUUAAAUCAGCAGGGGCUUGGUUUAGGCAAACACUUUUUUUUACAAGGGAGGUUACCCUCUAAGAGUAUCAAUAUGGCCUCCUAAAAAACUCAUUAACAGAAUUCCUAUUUGAUAGGAGAGAGAGAAAUGGGCAUUGUGAGGUUGAAACAGAAAUAAUUAAGAUGCAGUGCUUUAUGCUGCAAAACUCACUUUCUUUCUCCCUCUCUUCUUUUUUUUUUUUUUUUUUUUUCGUUUGACUUGAUGGCAUGAAAAACUUGCUGGGCUCAUCCAGUUUGUGGUUUCAUUCUCUGAAAGGAUAUUAAGUGGUUAGGGAGAGCAGUAGAGGGGGGAGGAAGUGCAGAGACUGAUUAGUAUUUAAAAAGCCAUCAGACCUGUCUGAAGGUCUGUUGCAGGAGUGCUGAAUCGGGUAUGUAAUAUUGACAGCUGUGAAGUUCUUUUUUUAAUUGGGGUAAGCACCUCAUCACUUGGAAGGUGGUUCUUUUUUUUUCAGAGAGUGCCCAGAAUCUGGAAUCAAUGUUUGGUUUUUUUAAAGAAAACCUAAAAGGCUAGGUGCAUAGUGUUGUCAUUGACCCAGCAGAGACCUCCGCUGCAACAAAGGGACUAGGUGACUCUUUGUGUAGGUUUUUCUAGGCGAAAGGCAUAUAAUUAUACAGCCUCAUUCAUCUUAGUUUGAUUUUGUCCCUUUUCACCAGUUACACAGCUAUACUUUAGUUUGACAGUGUACAAAGAUGUGUUAGACUGCUCCAUGGCACACCUACUUAAAUUAUUUCUCUAGCGUUGGUAAGUAAUCUUUAGCCUAGGAAUUUGGAGUGAGAAAAGAAGGAAGGAAGAGUGGAUCUUGUUGAAAGUCUAGGAUUUUCCUGUAAGUUGAAAUGCUAGGGACUAAAUGCAAUUUUCCCCCAAAGAAAUUAAAUGCAAUUCUUUUGGUCCAUUUUAUAGUCUUUAGAGUUUCCUAUUCAUCUUGUAAAAUGGUAAUCUCAUUGGCAUUUUCAUCUCAACUUGCAAAUAGACAAAUAAAAAUUGUCCCACAUAGGAGUCGAUCAUCUCCCACAUGCAUAUGUGAAUCCAUACUUAAGGAUGCAAGUGUCUUUCUUAUCCAGCCCAUAGUAUUCAGAGGUGUCCCCAAGCUGUACUCAUGAAAGCAGGGAUCUGCUAUGAUCUGCAGCCCAGACAUUGCAUGUCCAGUGUUCUAUUAUUUCAUUUUGUGUCAUCUGAGAGGUUUUAAGGCAACAAAAACUAAUCCUUUGUAGAGCUCUGGUCCCCAUUUUGCACCUGCAAGUUCAAAAUGCAUCUUACAAAGUAAAAUCUGAAAAGGAACACACCACAGCUGUCGGUCAAAAUCCUUAUGUACUUCUUAGUUCUCCUGUGCUUCAACCAUUCAGCAUUUUAAAUUUAUAUGAAGCUGCCUUAUACCGAGCCAGACUAAUGAUCCACUUAGCCUGGCGUUAUCUUUUGUGGAUGGCAAUGGCUCUUGUAUGGCAUGUGCCUCCCCAGUGAGCAAGACCAGUUUUCAUCUUCCAAAGAGCAGCUUGCCAGAGAAGCUAUGAAGUUGCCCUCCGUAACGUCGACUUAAUUUUCAAAUGAUCUGGUGAACAAGCCUCUUUGAGUUGUCAGCAAAAGAUGCCCCAGAGGGAGGCAAUCUUUCCAUUAACCAUGUUUGACUUCUUUCCCCCUGCAGCGUUAUCAAAGACAUUGUGUAAGGGGUUUUUCCCCCCAUCAUCUUGUCCAUUUUAAAAUCUUCUAGGACUCUCUUUUUUUUUUAAUAGAAAGAUAGGCUCUUGUAGGGCUUUCCCCUCAUUUUGUUUGAAAAUGCAUUCAUGAGUAAUUAUGCUCUGUCCACUUGCUGUGUUAUCGAAAUGCAAAAGUAGCAAAUGUUCGCUUGCGUGUGUACGUGUGCACACACAACAUAAUUGUGAAAUAACGUAGGCUGUAGCAUUGUAACAGGAGGGAAAUUGUCAGUGGUAUUCCUACACACCAGCAUUUACACAAUGUUUAAUCCAGUUCAGUGGUUGUUCUUAGUAAACUAACUGUAGCUGCUGUCAUUGUUAUUAUGAUUAUUAUUUUGUGAAAUCUGUUCAUCUUUUAUUUUGCCCUCGGACAUCAACCGUCUGCAGUUUCACAUACCUGUGUUUAAGCCUCACGUGGUUGUUUCGUAGCUUUCGAUAGGGUCGCCAAGUUGUCCGCACGCAGAAGGAAGCUCUCCUCCAUAGGUUUCGUUCUCAUAUGGUAGCUGAAGAUGUACAUAGCUGUGGAAAUGAAGGUUUGCAGGGGUGGGGAGUACUUUCUGAGGCAUGGAGAAAUGUUGGAAGCAAAUGAUUUAAAAAACAAAUUUUUAUCAAAAUAAAACGUCUUGUGUCAAUAAAUAUGUUCCCAUUGUAAGCCUC